GAAUGCGCACUCAAAAACAGUGAAUAAAAAGAAGAUUCUUCCUUCUCCUUGACAAAGCGAAGCCAAAAAAAUCCAUCUCUCUUUCGUAAGUAAAUCCCUCAAAAUUCCAUUUCCAUCUCCAUCUCCAUCUCCAAUGAAAACUUAUUGAAUUCUGGGAUUUCUGUUUAAUUCAGAAGAAAUGACCAACAAUAGCAGCGCCAACAGUGACAGUAACGGUACCAACAUUCACAAUCAAGAUCUGGGCUGGUAUUUCUUGGAGCUGGCGCGUCUCGGCGCGAGCAGAGCGACGCAUUUGGAGGACACGGAGGAGCAGCUACCCAGCGAACUCAACACCAUCAACAGCUCCGGGGGGUUCCUGCUCGUGUCCACUGAUAAGCUUUCCGUAAAGUACACGGGCGUCAACCUACACGGCCACGACGUUGGGGUCGUUCAGGCUAACAACCCGGCUCCGGUCAAGCGACUCGUCUACUAUUUUGAGAUUUUCGUGAAGGACGCUGGGGCCAAAGGCCAGAUCGCCAUAGGCUUCACAACUGAUACUUUCAAGAUGCGGAGGCAGCCCGGGUGGGAGGCAAAUAGUUGUGGAUACCAUGGGGAUGAUGGAAUGCUUUAUCGUGGACAAGGAAAGGGAGAGACUUUUGGCCCAACCUACACAGCUAGUGACAUAGUUGGCGCUGGAAUUAAUUAUGCUUCACAGGAAUUCUUUUUCACUAAAAAUGGGGCCGUAGUAGGAGCAGUGUACAAGGACAUGAAGGGUCCCUUAUUUCCAACCAUUGCUGUUCACAGCCAAAAUGAGGAGGUUCAGGUCAAUUUUGGGCAGAAGUCAUUUGCUUUUGAUGUUAAGGAUUUUGAAACACAAGAGAGAAUGAAGCAACAAGCAACUAUUGAAAAGAUAUCUUUGCCACCAAACGUCAGUUAUGGAAUUGUUCGCUCCUACUUACUUUUUUAUGGCUAUGAAGAUACACUCAAUUCAUUUGACGUAGCUAGUAAAACUACUGUGCCUCCUGUGUAUAUGGCUCAAGAGAAUGGCUUUAAUGAGCAGGACAUCGUUUAUGCAUUAAACCAGAGAAAGACUCUUCGAAAGCUAAUAAAGAGUGGGGAGAUUGAUUCUGCACUUGGUAAACUUCAUGACUGGUAUCCCCAGAUUGUUCAGGAUGAUAAAUCAGCUACCUGCUUUCUUCUUCACUGUCAAAAGUUCAUUGAAUUGGUUCGUGUUGGGGCACUGGAGGAAGCUGUGAAGUAUGGAAGAAUUGAACUGGUAAAGUUUUUUGGGUUGGCCGGUUUUGAGGAUCUUGUUCAGGAUUGUGUUGCCUUGUUAGCAUAUGAACAACCACAGAAGUCAUCAGUUGGAUAUCUGCUUGAAGAGUCGCAGCGAGAAGUCGUGGCUGACACGGUUAAUGCCAUGAUCUUGUCAACGAAUCCCAAUUUGAAAGACUCACACGCUUGCUUGCAGUCAUGUCUUGAGAGGCUACUCAGGCAGCUAACUGCUUGUUGCUUGGAGAGAAGGUCCUUAAAUGGGGAUCAAGGUGAAGCUUUCCAUUUGCACAGAGAACUCGACAUCGGUAAGAACUAAGAAGGUUAAGUGCUAGCUGAUGCGUUGGUCACACCUCUCCAUCUUCCCCUUGAUAGCAAAAGUUGCCUAAGCUGCUGCAAGCGAACGCAUUGGUUUUAGGUUAUGGUAUACUGUAUAGAUGCUCCCUUGCUACUUGGCUGAUUCGC